AUGAUCGACGGCACUAUCACGUGGAAAACGAGACGAUCGGAGAGCGAGCAUGGGAAGCAACGCGAAUUCUUUUCCUCCUUCUCGUCAUCGUCAUCACUACGAUCUUCACGCUCGAGUUCUACUUUUACAAGACGAAGCGUUUCCUCGUCGCCGAGACCGUUGAUGACUAUUACAAUCAUGAGCAGCAACAGCAACAACAGCAACAACAGCAACAGCAGUGAUUCCGCGCCGAUCGAUCAUCGCGAUUUCCCGAAUCUCAAUUUGAUCAGCCCGUUCUCGUUGACAAGUUUUACACUUCAACAUUUGGGACUAGUGCAUUCGAUCGCUUUAUACAAUGGUGACCCGAAAUUUUACACAGACAUUCAAAGAUAUCUCGAUUCUCAACGUCAAGAUGAUCACCGAUCAAGAAUUAGUCAAGAUGAUCACCGGAAAUUCAUUGAGCGUGUCAUCCUGAUUGGGGCAAAGAGCAAGGAAGAGCUGGCGGCAAUGCGAUGCCCACCAUCGGUUCUCGUCUUUCAAUAUCAUCACGGAGUGUCCGAUUUUGCGAGAGCAAUAUCGUUAUGGGAAGAGGCAGCACGCAGCACAGAGGCGAUCGAUCCUAUUCUCCGGAUGUGGUGGAUCGGGAAAAACAUUUCAAUAUUUCGAGCCCGAAGCACAAAGACAGAUGCACGG